AGUUGGAGGCGGUGGCGGAGGGGCUGGGUGCUGCCAUGAAGCGCCUCAAAGGCGCCGACUUUGUGUCCCUCACCGCCAGCCCGGAGGGCACAGAGGAGCUGCUCACAGAGCUGUCGCAAUGCCUCUCCAGCAUCACGGCUGUGCCGGGCAGCGUGCAGAGCGCGGUGUGCGACCGCAUCCUGCGGGCCUGCGUGCAGCGCCUGGCAGAGCCCAGCUGCAGCCUCACACACACCAACAAAGUGCUGGCGUUGGCCCAAGCGGCUUGCAGGGGCUUCGUCACCGCCUCCACCGCCCCGCCGGCCCCUCUCUACCUGGAGAAGAUCCUCUUCCACCUGCUGAAGAACGCGGCUGCCCGCGGACACCGUGAUGCCCGCAGGCGGGCGGCGGAGCUCCUCCACGCUCAGCUCUGCGCUCACCGGCAGCGCCGUGCGCCGUCUGCCGACUUCGGUGCCGUUGCCCACAGCGCCUUCUGCACGCUGUGGAACGCGGCGGGGACGCUGGGGGACCGCCUGCAGGCCCUGCGCUUCCUGCUGCUCCUGGAGGACGAGGAGGGCGCCGUGCUGCCCUUGGAGCCGCCCUUCUUCACCUCGCAGACGGCCCGGCAGGCGCUGGCGGCUGCCGCUCUCUCCAAAGCCCACCACGCUCCAUCCUCGGCUUGCUUUGCCCAGGAGCUGCGGGGUGUCCUGAACUCCCUGCGCGAGGAUGCGACGCGGCCGCCCGCUCUGCCUCAGGCCCUUUGCUUCUUGGAGCUGACGUUGGAGCAGUGCCGGCAGCUCUGCAAGAACGGCUGCUACGGGGAGGCUGAGGCGGCGCUGAGGGACGCGCGAGGAUUCCUGGGGGGCUCCGAGGUGUUCGGCCAGGCCCUGGCCCUGCUGGAGGGCGGCGUGCGGCUGAGCCGGGUGCUGGCCAAGAACGGGGGCUCAGCAGGGCCGGCCCUGGCACAGGCAGCGGCGGCGCUGGGUGGUGCAGCGAAGGCGUCAGGGCGCUUCCUCAGGGUGCUGGCCGAGGGCUGCCAGUUCGUCUCCGCGUCCCUCGCUGAGCGUGCCAGGAGCAGCCAGCAGCAGCCGCUGCCUCGGGAGGACGUGCUCCAGCUCUGCGCCUUUGUGCAGGGCCACUGCCGUGUCCUCAGCCUGCUGCUGGACGUGGUUCCUCCUGAUGGCUUGAAGCAGCAACUUGUGCUGAAGCAGCUGCUGUACCACAGCCUCCAGCUCUUCACCACCAUGGCCUGUGACACCUUCCGCUCCUGCCAGGUGGCCGGGUGGUCAGGGCAGGAGCAGCUGACAUCGGGCUGCCAGGACACCGUGAUGCAGCUGCUGGAGGCUCUGGAGGGACUUCCCCAGGGGGAGCAAGCCAAGUACCUCGACAUUACCGCAUCGUGCACGUUUAAGCUGGCGUACAUCUUCUACAGCCAGAACCUUCACGAGGAAGCCAGCUCCAUCUCUGAGCUCUUCUGCAAGAGACUGAAGAAAAUCGAUGCCUUUGGAUUUCCAGAGAUACCCCCUGAAAAGCUGCACAGAUGCUUCAGGCUGCAGGUGGAAAGCUACCGAAAGCUGGGCCGGCUGGAGAGUGCGCUGGCAUCCUGCGUGCAGUGGCUGACGUCGCUGCAGGGCCGCAUCGGGGAGCUGCUGGCGGAGCCCAUCGGCCUCUGGGCCCGAGUGAAAACGGACAGCGUGAAGCAGGGAGCGGAGGAUUUGCAGCUGAGAACCCUGAAGGAAGAACUGUCUGCUCACCACCUGGACGCGGACACCUUGGUGGCCGUGCUCUUCGCCGAGCUGAGGGCUUACAAGAGCAUCCGUGCUGACACGGGGCAGGAGCGCUACGGCGUGCUCUGCGACCUGCUGGAGAUCUGCUCGGAGGACAGCGGGCGCCUGCACGAGCGCGCCGCCGCUUUGGUGGAGCUGGCCCAGGUCUUGUGCUACCACAACUACGCCCAGCAGACCGACUGCUCUGCGUUGGACUCCGUCCACGAAGCUCUGAGGCUGUUGGACUCGGUGCCCAGGAGUGCUGAGAACCAGCAGCAGCUCCUCGAUGACCGGGCGCAGGCUCUGCUUUGGCUCUACAUCUGCACACUGGAGUCCAAGCUGGAGGAGGGCAUAGCGAGGGAGCAGAGAGUCAAAGCUCUGGGACAGAAGAACCUGGAAGACUUUGAACCCAACGACCUCAACUACGAAAGCAGGCUGCAGGAGGACGCGUUCCUGAACGCUGGCAUCUCCUUCAACCUGGUGACUGAGCUGGUGAUGGUGCUGGUGGAGGCUUUGUGCUGUGAGGAAGCUGCUCAGCCCCGUUCUGUGCCCGCAGCUCAGUCCAAGAGCCUGGACGAUGCCUUGGCCCUGUGGAAGCAGCUGCUGGCAUCUCAGAGCAUCCCAGCCGUGCGCAGCCUGGAGCAGACCAUUGCCUCUCUUCGUGUUACGGCAGCUCUCUACAGGCUGAUGGACGAGCCCCUGCAAGCCAUGGAGUGCUACCUGCUGGUGCGAGGCCUGUGCAGAGCACUUGGGGAUGGCUUGGGCACAGCCAGCGCUCUCUGCCAGGUCACCAAACUGCUUCUCCAGCUGGAGUGCCCCAGCUAUGCCCAGCUCUUCCUGGAAGAGACUGAGACCUGCUUGCAGAGAGCUGACAGGGACAGCGACUCCUACCUGCUGCUGCAGCAGACCUGCCUCGUGCUCCGCAGCCAGCUGUACUGCGCCAGCCACCGCAUCGAAGAUGGCACUGCCCUCUUGCUGGAGGUGCUGCAGAACCCAGCUCUGCAAAAGACUGCCAAGGUCUGGUACAUGCUCCAAGCACAAGUGCUGCAGCUGACCGCCACUUACCUGAGCCUGCCGCCCACCCACCUCUCGCCAGAGUUCAGGCAGCACAUCUUUGCACAGGGAUGGAAGACGCCCGAGACAGCUCUGAGCGAAGCCCACAAGUUGUUACGCAGCAUCAUCCUCCUCCUGAUGGGCAGCAACGUGCUGGGCUCCCACAAGUCGACAGCAGACAUCCAGUUCAUGGAUUGCGGGGACAACGUGCUGCAGAAGUGGCAAGUGCUGGCUGACGUGCUGAGCUGCUCAGAGCGCCUGGUGCUCCUCCUCAGCAGGGUGGAGGUGAUGUGCAAAGCCAAAGCCUUCUGCUUGGAGGCCAUCAAGCUGGCUGUGAAACUGCAGGCAAUCCGAUGGUGCGUUUCUUUCCUGGUGCUGAAGGCUCAGCUGGAGCUGCAGCAGAGCGAGCUGGAGCUGAGCCACUGGAACCUGCAGCAGGCUCUGUUCCUCCUGGAGUCUGGCACCGAGUUCGAGGCUGAUGAGAAGCAGCGAGGCCCCCUGAAGAUCUUGCCCAGGAAGGGCAAACCAGAGAGCAGGAAGCAGCAGGAUGAGGGCUCCGAGCUCCCUGGGGAAGAUGAGGGCUUUCUGAAGGGCCCCGCGCUGGAGUUCGUGGCCAUGGUGAGCGGCCUGGAGAAAGCAGACGACCUCAGCUCCUCGCCGCAGCUGAAACCCAAGAGGAAGAGGAGGCUUGCCUUCCUCGCCCACCCCGCUGCCUGCCCCUGCUGCCUCUGCUCCGACCUGACCCUGUCGUCCCUCUGCCUCCGCUGGCUGCUCUGCUGUGCGCGGGGCGAGCUGGCGGCCGGCAGCGCAGCCGAAGGGCUGGGGCUGAUCCAGGCCACCCUGCAGCGCUGCGGCACCGUGGGCCCUCGCUUCGCCGUCCUGCUGCAGGACAAGCUGGGCAACGGUCACCAGGCGCCUGCACCGAAGCUGUUAGAUGAUUUGGUGGCCACCGGCUACGCCACGCUGGCCCUUCACAGCCUGGCUGGUCCCUGGCCCGAGGAGAAGCUGGAGGAACACCUGAAAGCCGGUCUGUCCUUCCUGGCAUCCUGCAGCGCCCACCUGCCCAGCCUGGGGGUCUCUAGGGCCAGCCUGCUGCUUGCCAAAGCCACGGCUGCUGUUUGCCGCUUGGCUGCCGAGCACGGAGGCUCUGUGGAUGCCGUCUUCGCCUCUGCUUGGGCUUGGCAGCCAGCCCUGCCCAGUCCCACCGAGCCCAAAGCAGCAGUGGCUGCGCCUAAGAUGGACAAAGCUCAACUAAAGAGGCUUAAAAACAAAGCGGCGACCACGGCAUCCCCUGCGCUCAAAGCCAAGACGACCCAAGGAGCGAAGCCCCCCUCGGUGGCAGAUAGCAACGAUGCCUUUCUCGUGAGCGACUCUGACGCGGAGCUGCCCGCUGCUGUUGGUCAGACUGUGCCAACGUCCUGCACCCCGCACCCCAACGCCCGGCCCCACAGCAAAGCACGGGGCUCUGUGGCAUCCCCUGCACGUAAACCCAGAGGGAAGAAGAGCCAGAAAGCCAAGCACGCAGGCACCGAUGAUGUCUUCGCUUUGGGUGACUCGGACAGCGAGGUGCCUCCCAUUGUGAUCCGACCGGCGGCGGCGCCCUGCACCCCGCGCCAGAAGUCGUCCUGUCCUGCAGCCAAGACGUGCAGCCGGGGGGCUGCGAUGCCCCUGCGCCCCAGGGCUCCCUUCACCGUGUUCAGCGAGGCCUCGCCGCCACUCAGCAAGUCACAGCUCCUAAAAGCACCCAAAGCCCGUGGGAAAACCAGAUCCCGGCUGCCGGUGACGUUCAGCGAUGACAUUGGUGACACUGAGGGUCUCAAAUCGGUGCUGAGCCCCGUCGCCAGCAAAGCACCCGUUCCCAGCUGCAAGACGCCGCAGUCGGUGUGCUGCAAACAGAGAGCUCUGCUCCCCCAGCCCGUGGAGGUGGGGGGCUCCCAGCUGAGCUCCUCCGUGGGCAGAGGCUGUGGGAGCAGCGCUCGGUCCCGGCGGGGACGCAGAGUUGGGGGCACAGAGAAAAAGGAGCGGGCGGCACGCAGGGCUGCGAGCUGGAAAGGGGACGAGGAACGGGAGCUGCUGAGAGCCAUUGAAGAGGAGGAAAAGGUGGAGGAACAGCUUGACGUCAGCUUGGAGCUGCUCCGAGCCUCUGAGGAUGGAGCUGAGGGUGAAAUCCGAUGCAGGCAGGAGGGCACAGAGCUCAAGGUGCUGCGGCAGGAGGUUGGUGGAGAGGUCCUGGCACGGCAGAGGCUGGGCAGCAAUGAGCCCCUGUGCCUCAGCGCCCUGCACAAAGCGCUGCCAACCGUGGAUGACACCUCCUCGCUGGACGCAGCCUGCGGGUUCCUGAAAUCUGCCUUCAGCUGCAUCAGCCACUGCCCACCCGGCACGCUGUACAGCCAGCUCUGCCAGCUGCUGGCUCUGGCCACGGGUGAUCAGGACCCCAUCACCACCGCCUACCUGCUGGCUGAGUCUGUCUCGGUCACCACACGCCAUCAGCUGCUCAGCAUCGUCCACAGGAAGCUUCAUAAGGAGAAGAAAUCGGCAGCAGAUGUGGCUGAGCAGCUCCAAGGGCUGACCCUGCAGGACAAGGAUGCUGCUUCGCACCACCACCACCUCAGAGAGCUCCAGGACCUCUUCAUCUUCAGCCCCACAGGUCUGGGGCCCCAAGAGCGCAGCGGCUUCAGCGAGCAGCUGCAGCAGAUCCCAGCUGGGGUGACUGUGUGUGUGUUGACCCUGGUGAGCAUCCAGCCCGCCUCCGUGGGGGACACACUGCUGCUGACGCGGUUGGAGAGGGGCAGCGCUCCCAUCACUGUCCGCAUCCCGACUGCACUCACCAAGACCCCACUGAGCUCAGUGCUGAGCGACUUCGACUCCAUCCAGAAGGAGCAGAAGGAUGCCAGCAGCUACACCGACAAGCGGGAAUGGUGGCUGUGCCGUUUCAAGCUGGACCAGAGGAUGAAGAACCUCAUUGAGACGCUGGAAAUGCAGGUGCUGGGCUGCUGGAAGGCAGCGCUGCUCCCUGCAGCCCAGGAUCCCCUGCUGGCUGAGGAAGCUGCCCGUUUAUGUGCUCAGCUGCAGCAGUGUGGCUGGUGGGGCAAAGAUCCGACCCUGCUGAAGGUGGUGCUGAACGCCGCUGCCCUCCUCAGCCCUGCUGAUGUGCGAGCCCUGGCCGUGGGGCUGUGCCCAGCUCAGCCCAGCAGAGCCCAGCUCCUCUUGCAGGAGGCUCUGGACAAGCAGAAAAACGGCACAGGGGAGCCUGGCGGUUCCGUCAUCCUGGUACUGGAUAAGCACCUGCAGAAGCUGCCCUGGGAGAGCAUGGCGUGCCUGAGGGACCUGCCUGUCACCCGGCUCCCAUCCCUGCGCUUCCUCCUCAGCUACGCCCUGACACAGAGGCAGGCAGACUCUGUGCUGUGCCGCGGCAUCGACCCCAGCAGGACCUUCUACAUCCUCAACCCUCAGAACAACCUCUCGAGCACUGAGGAGCGUUUCCGCAGCUGGUUCGAGAGUGAACCAGGCUGGAGAGGGGUGACAGGAUCAGUCCCCAGCCAGGAGCAGAUGCAGGCAGCGCUGCUGGAGCACGAUCUGUACAUCUACGCAGGGCACGGAGCAGGCGCCCGCCUGAUGGACGGGCAGACCAUCGCCCAGCUGCAGUGCCGCGCUGUCGCUCUGCUCUUCGGCUGCAGCAGCGCUGCUCUCGCCGUGCGCGGCAGCCUGGAGGGUGCAGGCAUUGUGUUGAAGUACAUCAUGGCCGGCUGCCCCCUCGUCUUGGGCAACCUGUGGGACGUCACCGACCGCGACAUCGACCGCUACGCCGAAGCCUUGCUGCGGGCCUGGCUGGGGGCUCCUGGCCCCGGGGUCCCCCUCCUCCGCUACGUGGCCGAGGCCCGCCGUGCCCCCCGCCUCCAGCACCUCAUCGGGGCCGCCCCUGUGGCCUACGGCCUCCCCGUGGCCCUGCGGUGACGCGGAGGGGCUCAGACCCCCAUUGCACAUGUGGUCACGGGGCUGCUUUUGUCUCGUUAUAAUUUAUUUUAAU